AGUACGCAGGGUUCGCGCAGAGAAAGGCGCGCAGCUUGCAAGAGGGCAGCAGCAGACGCGUGGAGCGCGCACUCAACAUAUGACAGCUCAACACGGACAUACCGUACACUCUCUCUGCACAUCUUUAAGCAGCAUAUAUGGAUUACACUCGGACACACAGGGCUGAAGCCAUGCACUCUUGUUUGUCCCGCAUGCGUUUUCGAUGCUUUUUCCUCAUGUUGUCAUUUUUUUGCGAAGCUGCAGCUUUUAACCUGGAUUUAGAAAAGCCCACGGUUUACAAUGGACCUGAGGGAAGUUAUUUUGGAUACUCACUGGACUUUUACCACCCAACACAGGAUAGAAACGUCAUGUCGGUGUUGGUUGGGGCUCCUAAAGCGAACACCUCUCAGCCGGGGAUUGUGGAGGGAGGAGCGGUGUACUACUGCCCCUGGCCGGCAUCAGACCCAGACUCCUGCCGCCAGAUCCCCUUUGAUAAAGCAAAUAACCGUAUGAUUAAAGUGAACGGGACACGAGAGCCUCUAGAAUUUAAAUCCCAUCAGUGGUUUGGAGCAACAGUCAGGACCCACAAAGGCAAAGUGGUGGCCUGUGCUCCCCUCUAUCAAUGGAGGACAGUGAAGGUCAGCAGUGAGAUGGAUCCUGUGGGAACCUGUUAUGUGGCUGUGCAGAACUUUAGUGCCUAUGCUGAGUAUUCACCCUGUAGAACCAAUAACCCAGACCCAGAGGGCCAGGGCUUCUGCCAGGCGGGCUUCAGUGUUGAUUUUACUAAGGAAGGGACUCUGGUCGUGGGAGGACCAGGGAGUUUCUACUGGCAAGGCCAAGUGAUAACAGCCGGAGUUGCCGAGAUAUUAAACGGCUAUUCUCUGAAAACAAUCCUGCGUAAAGUUCAAGGAGAAAAGCAGACGGUGGCAGCAUCAGACACGUACGAUGACAGUUACCUUGGAUAUUCUGUAGCGGUUGGAGAGUUCACAGGGGAUUCGGAACAAGAAUUGGUAGCAGGGGUUCCUCGAGGGGCACACAACUUUGGUUAUGUGACAGUGAUCAAUGCAACAAACCUGACGUUCAUUCAGAACUUUACUGGAGAGCAGAUGGCCUCUUACUUUGGAUACACCAUUGCAGUGACUGAUCUAAAUGGAGAUGGGUUAGACGACGUGCUAGUUGGAGCUCCACUCUAUAUGGACCGCGAGUUUGAGAGUAAGCCUCGAGAGGUGGGCCGGGUUUAUUUAUAUCUGCAAGAAGAUGUGCUUCUCUUCUCUCCUCCCAUCACACUCACUGGAAUGCACCUGUUUGGCCGCUAUGGAAGUGCCAUUGCUCCUCUUGGAGAUAUCAACCAGGAUGGCUAUCUUGACGUGGCUAUAGGGGCUCCAUUCGCCGGGGAGGAUCGUGGUGGCAGAGUCUUUAUCUAUAAUGGGCAGAAAUCCGGCCUGAUGUUACAGGCUUCUCAAGUGCUGAAAGGCGACUGGGCCUCAUCUGGCAUCCCAGCAGGCUUUGGAUUCACCCUUCGUGGAGAUUCUGACCUCGACAACAACCAGUACCCUGAUUUGCUGGUCGGUGCAUUUGGAGUGAGUAAAGUCGUGGCCUACAGGUCAAGACCAGUGGUGACCGUGGAUGCUCAGCUGAUUUUAAGACCCAGAAUCCUUAACCCAGAGGACAAGUCUUGCCGAAUGCCCAAUUCUGAUAUCAUGGUAACCUGCCUGUCAGUAAAUGUGUGUGCAAAGAUCUCUGGGAUUGGUAUUCCUGAUUAUGUAGCUCUGCGGAUGGAGCUACAGCUGGACUGGCUGAAGCAGCGUGGAGCAGUAAAGCGGGUCUUGUUCAUGGACUCUCACCAACACCAGCGGAGCCAGCAGCUGGUUCUGGGUCAAGGGGACCGCCAGCACUGCCACAACUACUCUGUGUACCUGCGGGAUGAGGCCGAGUUCAGGGAUAAACUGAGUCCUAUCAGCGUGACACUGAACUACAGUCUGGACCAAAGCUCUCCUCCUGCUGGCCUACAGCUGCGGCCUGUGUUGGAUCACUACAGCAAGACCUUCCACCACGAGCAGGCAAACAUCCUGUUGGACUGUGGAGAAGACAACAUGUGCAUCCCAGAUCUCAAACUCUCUGCUAAAAUGGACCGGACUGAGCUUAUAAUCGGGGAUGACAACUUGCUGAUGUUGACUAUUAAUGCAGCCAAUGAGGGUGAGGGGGCGUAUGAGGCGGAGCUUCACGUGACCCUCCCACCAGAGGCAGAUUAUAUAGGUGUGGAGCGUAGGCGUGAGGAUCUUCAGCGGCUGAACUGUGAACACAGGACGGAGAAUGACACCAGGAUUGUGGUGUGUGAUCUGGGGAACCCAAUGGUUGCUGAUACAAAUUUGUCGGUGGGUUUACGGUUUUCCGUGGCGAGGCUGGAGGACGCCCCUCCUACCAUUGGCUUUGAGGUGCAGAUCCACAGCUCUAACAAGGACAACUCAAGAAGUGUCCCAGUGAAUUUGACUCUAAGCAUUGUGGCAAGAGCAGAGGUGGAGAUAAGAGGUGUGUCUCAUCCCGCUCAGGUUGUUUUGCCUUUCCCUCGAUGGGAGCCCAAAGAGAAACCUGUGAGAGAGGAUGAAGUCGGUCCUCAGGUUCAGCACAUAUAUGAGUUACAUAACAAAGGUCCGAGUUCAAUAAGCAGGACAGUGCUGGAGGUGGGCUGGCCCAGUCGCUACCGUGAAGAGCACCUUCUCUAUGCACUUCAGGUCAUUACUGACGGACCGGUUCACUGCAGCACCAACAGCUCCCUCAACCCACUGGAGUUGGAGACCUCGACUCUUCAGGACACUCCAGAGUUACUGGGCUUCCUGAGGAACAGCAGCGGAGUGACCCGCCGAAGACGAUCUGUUUCUAUAGGCCAAAGCUACAACAGCAAAACACUGAACUGCUCGAAUAUCAACUGUCUGAUGGUGGAGUGUGUAGUGGACCGUCUGGAUCGAGGGCAAAGUGCAGUGAUCAAGUUCAGAUCUCGACUCUGGGCUUACACCUUCUUACAGAGAAGGAAUGACCACUACACGCUAAACUCCACAGUGUCCUUUCAAGUGACGGCCAUGCCUUAUCGCAUCAAAGCUGAGACACUCCCACGCCAGAGCAAAUCAAUCGGCACGUUUGUGGUGUGGGCCAUUCCUGACGUCUCCUUUGCCAUUCCCCUGUGGGUCAUAAUUCUGGCUAUACUGCUGGGACUGCUGGUGCUGGCAGUGCUUAGCCUAGCAAUGUGGAAGUGUGGCUUCUUCGAUCGUGCGCGGCCACCCAAAGAUGAUGACGUGUCAGACCGCGAGCAGCUGACCGCAGAAAAAUCCACAGACGCGUGAGAGCAGACCAGAUGACCAAAAAUGAACGAAGAGGCCAUGGAUUGAAUCUCCAUGAAGACAGUGGAGGAGCUGCGUCCAAGAGUUCAGUAUCUGCUGAAGAACACAGAUCAAAGCCUCUAAAUAAACUACAGCUCCCACACUGGACUGCCAUCUGUGAGCUGGGCCACAGUUCCACUCAAAAACAUUUAUUUAAAUUGACGGAUAAGAGCAAGAACUCUGAGCAUUGCACACUGAUAGAGCUGUAAUAUACACAAGAUCCAAUGAGCCACUUGACUAGAGGCUGAUCAGUACAGUCCAAAAACAUCAAGAUCUCAUUGUCCAAUCAACUCCAUUGACUUCUUUUUUUAUGGUUGUGAUGAGGAUUUCCGAGGACAUACUGUUUAACUGUAUCAGUGGAACUCAAGAAUAUUUGAUCUCAAUCACCAGCUCAAAACAGGAUCUGGAUCAUUCCGCAAUUCACCUUACUUUGGCUGCAUUUACACUGCAUCUAAAUAUGGAGUCACUCCUCUUUUAAGACCUUUUUUUGUUUUAUUAUUUAAAUAUCGAAAUCAAACUGUUGGCAUCCAUGUUUGAUGUUUACAGCAGAGAGAGAAUUUAAAACUCGCUUCGAAUUAGAAUUUUUUUUGUACACACAAAACGAUAAUUUAAAUGUUCACACCAACAUUCACACUCUGCUGUGUGUAUAUGAGCAUUUUAACAGAAUGUUUCAAGAAAACAUUCAACAAAGUCACAUAUAAUGUCACAUACUAUAUGCAAAUUGUUAAUGUCACCUGCAGUACAGUUCAUAUAGUCAUAAAAGGAGCUGAAUGUUACAGAUAAGAACGCAGCUUGUUGAUAAUGAUGGAGGGAUGCAUUUUGUGUGUUGCAGCUGACUAGAGUCUAGAUUCUUAGACCCUGUUUACAUCUGCUAUUAGAUGUGUUUUUGUAGAUCCAACCACAAAUGGACAAUGCCAAAUACAGGUGUAAACCAGGGCUGAAACUUUUUGGGCUUGUUCACUUUUGAUUACUUUCAUAGGUAGCCAAAAACACAUUCAUUCAAAUGGCAAACCAGCCAGGGUUUGAACUUUGUCAUCUGAAAUUGUACGUUUGGUUUGAAGAUCAAAAAAUUUGAAGUAAAAAUCAUAGUUAGAAUACUAGCAGUUAAAGGAACACUUUUUUUUUUUGAAAUACAUUUUGCAGUGAUUAAAAAGAAUCCCAGCUAGGUAAGUAGGUAACAGCGCUGUGUAAUGUCAUUGCGCCUGCUGCAGUCAUGGUGUGGCAGCAAAGUUUUAUUGAUCAUUACGCCUAAAUGAGAAUAUAGUUCCUAGCCAUACCAGCCGCUAAAAUUUAAGCAGCUUUUCAUUACAUUUUUCUGUCAGUCUUAGUACAAAAUGUAACUACAGGAGAGUCAAGCUUUAAGUAAGACAAUUAGCAAAAUUCCUAUUUUAUAAGAUACUUCUGGUCUAAUCUGAUUCAAUGAUUUAUGCUAAGUUACGCUAAGGGUGUACUCACACUAUGUACAGUUGUCUUAAACCGUGACAAAGCGUGAUCGUCCCUCUGGCACAGUUCGGAUAGCAUAUUGUGAGUGCACCCUAAAAGUGCUACUUCCAGAAUGGUAGAUUGGCUGAAUGGAUUAAACAUUGGUGAAACUCAAGUGUUUAACAAAAAUUUGCCUAUGUCCAAAAAAUAACAAAUAAAAUGAUUGUUCAUUUAUUGGGAAUGGGCUUCCCUCAUCUACUUGUGUUCAAUAACAUCAUGGCGUUGCCUCAUAUGUCUACAUGCCUUGUCAAUGAUUGUACUGAUUGCAUUUUAAAGCUUGUAAAGGAAUUGCUCUGUAAGUACAAAGAUAAGGGGAGGGGGAAUUAAUAGGUAUAAAUGUUAAGUGCAAUAAUGGGACAUUUUGAGUUGAUAAUUUGUGUGUACACUGGCUCCAAAAUGUUUAAAACCUGAAGUUCAGGUUGUUUUGUAUAUAUAUUUUGUCAAAAUAGUUAUUUGUCAUGCUGUCGGGCAGGAAGGAAUUGCUCAUUUUCCAAACCUAAAGGGAAAAAAGACUGUAGGUUUUCAGCAAUGCAUAGCUAGAUAAUGUUGGAUGAUGUAGGCACACUUAUUUCAUCUUUUUUUUUUCAAACUGCUGCUAACAUGUUGCAUUCAGAGCAUGUUAAUCACAAAAUAUUUUCUUUUCUGGUUUCAUAUUAAUGUUUUACCUCAAUCAUUGAUCUUCAGUGUUUUUCAUUAUAGACUGAUAAUUCAAGAAGUUUUGAACUCAUAUUAAAAUCUCAUCUUGUCAUGUUUUCACCUCUGGAAGGAAAUGAUCAAUGUUUCAGUCCAUGAGUGAUGUAUUGUGAUGUGUGCCCCUGCCUAUUUUACACAGGUCUGACAUUAAAAUGGAAUUUGAAACAAUU